AUGUCCGAUUUCGGUUAUCAACCACAGGCCUCGUCAGGGUCACCAUGGCUUCCGGAGAAUGCUUAUAGCCAGUCGAUCAAUAUGCAGGAUUGGAUCCGUGCUUUCCCUCGCCCACGACACUCUCGUGUUAUGAAACCCAGGAGUGCCGGAAAUAGCCCAUCGGGAGCAUCGAGGAUGAGGACAACUACUGCUCAGGGUAUGAUGCAUGGGGCUAACCAAUGUCAAUCCUCACUGGAGGCCGCUCUCCUUGCCUCGGCGGCCCGCAACUCACGCCCCAUCAGUUGGCACCCGUCUUCCGCCAGGAGCAGAGGUCUUUCCAAUCCGGCUUGUGCUCCCGACCUCCCCACAGACAAUUAUGCUACCAUGGGCACCAUGGCCGAUCAAUCACUCAACAUGAAUCUCCUUCCUGUCUACGGCAGUGACAACAUGAUUUCAUAUCCUUUGUCUGCCGGCGCCGCAAUGUCACCGGAUAGCUAUAUUCCUUUCUACCUGGACUCUCAAGACGCCAUGACUCUUCCUCAGCAAUCUACCACAUUAAGCUCGCAGGUCGAGCCAAUGUUCUGGGAUACCACGACAACCCCCAUUGACUUUUCAACUGUCUCCCAAACAACUUCCGAUGGAUGGCCCCUUGAUAUGCUAUCAAUGGCUAAUAUCCCUCCACCUGCGACUGCUUGCCCCAGCUAUGCUAGUGUACCAUCCCCUGGAGAACUCAGCGGACCAUCAACCCCGGACUUCCUUCCUAUCCAGCAAUUCGACUAUUCUCCCAUCCCUCUCGAGAACAACCUCCUUGAGAAGAAGAAUGGCAAGGCCGAGGAGGAACUGGUUGGCAUGGGACUCUACAGUCAGCCCGGUGGAACCACAAGCCACUCGCAGCAGGGUCUAUUGGGAAGAGGACUGAAACUGGAAGAGACUUUCUCUCCCUCCGAUGACGAAAAGGACGACGGAUCUCAGGACGAUGACGAAGUUAAUGAGCCGGAACCCAUUCCUCAGACUGUGCCAGAGCAGCCUGCGCCUAUGAUGCAAGCCAACAUGUCGAUGCCCAAGCAACACAUGAAGCCAGCACUCAACCUUCUUCACAAAUCUUUCUUCUUUGAUCACGAGGACGUCGAUCAACAGGCAAUGUCUUCGGCACAGCCUUUCACAGCUUUGAAUCAAGCGUGUAUGAGCUAUGGAUAUGGGUGGAUUUGA